CACACACACACACACACACAUACACUCACUCACUGUGUUACAGCGCGGAGGACGAGCAGGACGGACCACGGACCUCCUGAAGACAUGAGGGGUGACUUACAGAGAGAGAGAGCGCGAGAGACAUAGAGAAAGACUGGGAGAGAGAGAGAGAGAGAGAGAGAGAGAGACUGAUAGACAGAGAGAGAGAGAGAGAGAGAGAGAGAGAGAUCAAAGGAUAUAGGAAAACAAAUUAGAUAAAUAGAGGGAAAGAGAAAGAAGUGAGAGCGACAGACAUCAAGAGACAGAGAGAGAGAGAGAGAGAGAGAGAGAGAGACAGGGAGACAGAAGUGAGAGAGAGACAUAGAGAGACUGAUAGACAGAGAGGGAGAGAGAGUAGGCCCGAGGUGUAUUCAGUGUUGCAGUGGGUUCGGGUUCACUUUAGUACAAAUUUGCUUUGUUUUAUUCUAUUUGGUGUGUGUGUGUGUGUGUGUGUGUGAGAGGAUGGUUUUAGUCGCUAUGCUGCAGUGUGUAUUGAAUCGGACCUAGUCGACAGUUCGGUCCACUGAGGGUUUGGGUUAGAUGAGUCUCUUUGGGUCGUUUUCUGGCAUUUCAGGGUCAUUUUUGUAGUUUUUUAAGUAAUUUUUGUAGUUUUCAGGUAAUUUCUAGACUGUCUGGGUCGUUCCUACAGUCUUCGGGUCAUGUUCUGGCCAGUUAAGAAUGUAUUUUUAACUUUUGGAAGGUUCUUCUAGUUUUAAAAUUGGUUUCUCAGGUCUUUUUGGAUGGUUCUCCAGCGUUUUUGGGUCACUUUCAGCUCUUUUUCUGCUAGGGCUUUUGGUCUUCUAGAUAUUGGGCCACUUUCAUAAGGUUAUGGGCCUUCUGUGACGUCUGAGUUGUCCUCUGGACUUUUUGGGUCAUUGCUUCAGCUAUAAGGUCAUUUCCAGAACUUUUGGGCCAUAUUGCAAACUUUCUAAGUGUAGGUUUUGGGUCGUUUUCUACCUUUUUGGGUCGCUCAUCUGAAUAUUGGGCUGUUUUUAAUACGCUUUGGGUCGCUGUUCUAGUUUUAUGAUCACUUUCAGGAUAUUUGGGCUGGUUUUCUGCCCUUUGUGGUAAAUCCUAUUUUCGGGGUUGUUUUCCAACACUUGGGUCAUUUUUUUAGCAUUUUUGGUCGUACUCAUUUUAGCUUUAGGGUCACUUUCAAGGUUUUUGGUUUGUAAGCUUUCGAGCCAUUUUGGGGUUGUUUUUGGUUCAUUAUUGUUGCUUUAGGGUCACUUUCAGGGUUUUUGGGCUGUUUUUGUAAUUUGAGUUUUCUCCUGGACAUUCUGGGUCAUUCUUCUAGUUUUUUAAAAAGUUGAAUCGCUUGUUGGCCUUUUUGUAGUAUGUUAGCUUUCGGGCCAUUUUCGGGGUUGGACUGUUUGUCUAAUUUUGGGAAUGUUAUUGUAGCUCUUGGGUAAAUUUCUAGAUUUUGGGCAAUUCGUGUAAAUUUUAGGGCUAUUUUCUGGCCUUUUAAGGUUGUUUUUGUAGUUUUCCAGGUCAUAGUUUUGGAUUUGGGUCAUUUUUCUGACCUUUUCAGGUGAGGUAAAGUGAGGUAAAGUGAGGUAAAGUGUAGGUACUGUAUUUUUAGGUACUGCAUUUAGUGAGGUAGAGGAGUUAUAAUGGAGUUGUGGAGGCAGUGUGCGUCCUGGCUGAUUCAGUGCCGAGUUCUGCCGGAAAACCACAGAGUGACCUGGGACAGCGCACAGGUGUGUGAUCUGGCUCAUGCUCUGAGAGAUGGAGUGUUAUUGUGUCAUCUUCUCAAUAAUCUCCUCCCCCACUCCGUCAACCUCCGCGAGAUCAACCUGCGGCCGCAGAUGUCUCAGUUCCUCUGCCUGAAAAACAUCCGGACAUUUCUGACGGCAUGUCACGAGAAGUUCGGGAUGAAGAAGAGCGAACUGUUCGAGGCCUUCGACCUGUUCGAUGUCCGAGACUUCGGCAAGGUAAUUGGAACGCUGUCCGUUCUGUCCCAAACACAUGUAGCAGUACAACGGGGAUACAGGCCAUUUCCUGAUGAAGUGUGUGUUGGAGACGACGACAUCUAUAACGGCCUCUCAGACCAAAUAGAUGACACGGUUGAUGAAGAUGAUGAUCUAUAUGACUGUGUGGAGGAUGAAGAAAACGAGGGAGAUGAUAUUUAUGAAGAUCUGAUGAGAACGGAGGAACCUGUAGAGACACAGCAGAAGGUGGAGGUGGAUAAGAGGAGCUGCUGUCUGCAGGAAAUCCAACAGACUGAAGAGAAAUACACACAAACACUGGAGUCUAUACUGCAGCACUUUAUGAAGCCUCUGCAGGCUUUCCUCAAACCCCCCGACAUAGAGAGCAUCUUCAUCAACGUGGAGGAUCUAGCCGGUACUCACCGGUGUCUGCUGAAGGAGGUGCAGGGUUCUAUAUCAGGGUACGGAGCAGAGAACCUCUACCAGAUCUUCAUCGACUAUAAGGAGAGGUUGCUGUUAUACGGUCGGUACUGCAGUCAGGUGGAAUCUGCCACGAAACACCUGGACAAGAUCGCCAGCACACGAGAGGAUGUCCGGAUGAAACUAGAGGAGUGCUCUAUGAGAGCCAACAGUGGUCGAUUUUCUCUCCGAGAUCUUCUGAUGGUGCCCAUGCAGAGGGUCCUCAAAUAUCAUUUACUACUGCAGGAACUGGUGAAACACACAGUUAGUGCAACAGACAAGGAGAACCUCCGGACAGCACUGGAUGCUAUGCGGGAUCUAGCGCAGUGUGUGAAUGAGGUGAAAAGAGAUAAUGAAAUCAUUCGUCAGAUCACAGCGUUCCAGCUCUGCAUCGAGAACAUGACUCAGUCUCUUGCACUGUUUGGGCGCCCGAAAAUCGAUGGAGAGCUGAAAAUCUGCAGCCCUGAGAAGAAGUCCAAGCAAGACAGGUAUGCGUUCCUGUUUGAUAAAGCUCUGUUUGUAUGUAAGAAGAGGAGUAGCGAGAGUAUGGAGCUGAAGGAGCUGAUCGACCUGCAGCAGUUCCAGCUUCGAGACGAACCUUCUGGAGAACGAGACAACAAGAAGUGGACCCACACCUUCCUGCUGAUGGAUGCGUAUGGUCAGGGUGGUUAUGACCUGUACUUCAAGACGCGGGAACUGAAGAAGAAAUGGCUGGAGCAGUUUGAGAUGGCCCUGUCCAACCUGUGUCCAGACAACAGCACAGCUAACGGUCAUGACUUCCAGAUGCACUGCUUUGAAGACACCACUUCCUGUAAAGCCUGUCAGAUGUUGCUCAGGGGGAUCUUCUUCCAGGGCUACCGCUGCAGCCGAUGCAAGAUGGCCGCCCAUAAGGAGUGUCUGGGUCGGGUUCCUGCAUGCGGAAGAACCCAAGAAAAUGCUGGGACAUUAAAAAAGAACAAGUCACGAUCCGCCACUCACAGACAGACUAAACCAGGUCUUCCAAAAAUGCAAGUGUGUCAUGAUUAUUAUGGGCUGCCCCCGCCACCGGUAGCAUUCGGCCAACACCUGCAGCUCACUCAGGGUGAUGUAAUCGAGCUGACCCGUGCAGACGUGGACCUCCAGUGGUGGGAGGGCAGGAAUCUGUCUAUAGGUGAGGUCGGCUGGUUCCCCUGCAGUAAAGUUCAGCCCUUCAUACCGGUGAGUGAGGCGGGGCUCAAGAGGUCAUCCAGUCUCAAGAGACCACCACCUGACUUAAGCGGCUUUGCCUGGUAUGCAGGUAACAUGGACCGUACAGAGGCUAAGAGUCUCCUGACCUCUCGCUCUGAUGGGACGUUUCUGGUUCGACAGAAAGACGGUGGAGAAUUCGCCAUCAGCAUCAAGUUCAGUAUGGAUAUCAGACACAUUAAGAUCACUCUGGCUGAAGGUCUCUACAGAAUCAAUGACAAGAAAGCCUUCAAAGGACUGAUUGAUCUGGUUCAGUACUAUCAGGAGAACUCUCUGAAGGAGUGUUUUAAGGACGUGGACACUUGCCUACUAAUCGCCUACAAACAGCCUGAGCAGAGUGUGUCCUCACACACACACCAACCAUCCAGAGGUAUGAGUGAGCGUUAUUUCGGCACGGCGAAGGUGAGAUACGAUUUUUCGGCGCGGGAUCGUACUGAGCUCUCUCUGAGAGAAGGAGACACGGUGAAGAUCAUCUCCAAGAAAGCUCACAACGGCUGGUGGAAAGGAGAAGUUUACGGCAGGGUGGGGCUGUUUCCUGCGAACUACGUAGAAGAGGAACAUUCAGACUACUGCUGAUUCACCGAUUCACUGAUUCAUCCACACACAGAACGACUCAUCGAAUCACUCAGUUCUGACUCCCUGAUUCACUCGUUCACUCGCUGAGUGAUUCCUCACAUCUCUCUGAUCCAACUCUCAUUAAGAAUCUUAUUAAAUUGUUUUAACUUCUUAACCACUAA